AUGGAGCGUUUAAAGAUGAUGAGGGCGUCGGUGCGAACUGCCAUCACCAAAACGGCGAAUGAAGUGGAAGCCGAAUUCACAAAACCUCAACUCGCAAUAUUGGACCUUCAAGUCAUGAUGCAGAAGCUCGAAAGGAAGGCCACUGAAGUUGCAGAGUUUGACCAGAAGAUUUUGGAGUGCAUGUUGGGCGUUCCGUGUACGCAAGAGGAACUUGAUGUGGAGAAGACAAAGAAUGACGAGUAUCAAGACAAGAUCUCGAGAGCAAGAUUCCGCGUCGACGCUGUUAUCCACCAAACUACAAGUUCUCACAGCCCAAGCGGAAGUUAUGCAUCGGUGUGCUCAGAAGCAACGCGUCAAAAACAGAGAAGCUUCAAGUUACCGAAAGUGGAGCUCAAGAAAUUUAAUGGCGAUCUGAAAGAGUGGCUUGGAUUUUGGUCACAAUUUCAAAAGAUCCAUGAAGAUGAAAGUCUACACGACACGGACAAGUUCCAGUAUCUCCUUCAAGCGAUGGUGCAGGGUUCUGAGGCAAGGGAUUUGGUUAAGAGUUACCCACAAUCAGCCGAAAACUACCCACUGGCCGUUGAAGCGUUGCAGCAGAGAUACGGAAGAGAAAGUCUACUUUUACAAGUAUACAUCCGAGAGUUGUUGAAGCUGGUGAUGGCCAAUGUCACUCAGAAGGACAAGCUCCCAUUGGACCGGAUGUAUAUUCAGAUCGAGUCACAUUUGAGAGCGCUAAAAACUCUUAAUUUGGCGACAGCGGAUCCGGCGACGUGGCUGUUCCCGUUAGUAGAAUCCAGCUUACCAGUGGAGACUUUACAAGCGUGGCAGAGAAGUCCAAUGUCGAAGCAUGAUGGAUCGGCGGAUAAACCACCCAAGAGCUGUUUGGACCUGCUCAUGGAGUUCAUAAAAGCUGAAGUACAAGGACAACAGCAAAUUGCCUUGGCCCAGUAUGGAUUCCAGGAGUACAGUGUCAAAGAUAAGAGGAGCAGAAGAGGCGAGAGAGGAGAAAGUCCGAUCACUGCAGCUGCUCUGUUUACAGGAGACGUGAAGUCUCAGACUUGUAUUUUCUGUGCGAAAUCUGGUCAUCAAAGCCAUGUGUGCUACAAAGCGAAGAAGAUGACGCAUGAAGAGAAAAUUGGCAAGAUAAAGGAAGCUCAUUCUUGCUUCAAGUGCUUGAAACGAGGACAUAUUUCAAAAAAAUGUCAAGUUUCUGUAAGUUGUCCUGUCUGCAACAAGCCCCACUAUCCAGUAAUGUGUGAGGAGAAGAAGCAGAAUGAAGCAGACGAGAUGAAGGAAGUCACGGAAGGUGUGAGAACAAUGGUAUCAUCACAACCGAGAAUGUUGACAUUGGAAUCCUCAUCAAGCGACCAGAAAAUUGUACUCAGAGGGACAAUGACAGUUAAAGUAACCGGAGCCAAUAAUCAAGAGAAGAGGGUGAGAAUUCUCGUGGAUUCCGGGAGCGAUGUGAGCUACAUUAAGAGUUCACUGGCUCGUGACCUGAAGUUAAAAGCGAUCGGGAAGCGCGUAUUUCAGACGGAGGUGUUCGGAGGAAGUUUCGAAAUCUCACAGCGAACAGAAUAUGCAAUUCAACUCAAGGGGAUCAACGGAGGAGAAACGAAGUUCAACGCUUUCUCUGAAGACAAAAUAUGCGGAAUAUGCAAUCCGAUUCCGUAUGGACCCUGGGUGAAAGAAUUAAUGAAGUUAAAUGUGUAUUUGACGGAUGUUGAAUCAGAACCGUCUGAAAUACAUAUAUUGAUUGGGUCAGACCAAAUUGGACAAUUACUCACAGGAAGGAUGAUCAAGGUCAGCCCUACUAUCACCGCCACCGAGACUUCCAUUGGUUGGUACUUAAACGGAGAAGUACCAAUCCAGAAAAAUCAGUCGCUGGCAGCUAGGAGUAUCGCGAUGACCACGCGAGCUCAUGACAUCAGUGUGCUUUGGGAACUGGAUACCAUGGGUAUCAAGGAUACUGCGCUGCAAUCCAGCCCGGAAGACCACGACAGGAAAGUCAAAGAGGAUUUCCAAAACAAUUUGAAGAGGUCAGAGGAUGGGAGGUACAUUGUAAAACUGCCCUGGAUCAACGGAGCGCCUCCUCUACCUAAUAAUAAAGAUGUAGCAGAGAAGAGACUCAUCUCAGCUACAAACAAGUUACUCGCCAAGGAAGAAUUUCAACAAUAUGACAAUAUCUUUCGUGCUUGGGAAUUGGAAGGAAUUGUUGAAGUGAAAGUGAACUUGUUGGAUCAGCCUGAUGGACACUUUCUCCCCCACCGCCCAGUUUUCAAGCCAGGAAGUCUGACGACACCAGUGCGACCAGUUUUUGAUGCUUCCUGCAAAGUUGGGAAUAAAUCGUGCCUCAACCAGUGCCUGGAGAAGGGUCCCAAUUUACUUGAAGUAAUUCUGGCCAUCUUACUUCGUUUCCGCAAAGAAAGGGUGGGAGUGAUUUCCGACAUCCGAAAAGCCUUUCAGAUGAUCGAAGUGGAUCCCGAAGACCGCAAGUUUCAGAGAUUUCUUUGGUGGGAAAAUGAAGAAAAGAAAAUUAUGAAAAUUUAUCAACAUUGUCGAGUCAUAUUUGGAAUGAACUGUAGUCCAUUUAUCUUGGCCGCAGUUCUGGAGUUCCAUCUUUCCAACGUCGCAGAAGAAGAGAGGACGACAAGUUUGGAACUGUUGAAGUCACUUUAUGUCGACAACUGCGUCACUUCUUUUGCUACUGAAGGAGAAUAUCAGAAAUUCAAGGAGGAGUCCAUUUCCAUUUUGGCGAGAGCGAAGAUGGACCUCAGGGAAUUAGAGUCAAACACAGACCCAGCGAUGGAAAGAAGAAUCACAUCGGUUUUGGGGUAUAAGUAG